GGCGGGGGCCUGGCGGCCGGGCAGGGGCGCCAUGGCGGCGGCCGAGACGAAGAUCAUUUACCACCUGGACGAGCAGGAGACGCCGUACCUGGUGAAGCUGCCGAUCCCGGCCGAGCGCGUCACCCUCGGCGACUUCAAGGGCCUCCUCAACCGCCCCAACUACAAGUUCUACUUCAAGUCCAUGGACGACGACUUUGGGGUGGUGAAAGAAGAGAUCUCGGAUGACAAUGCCAAGCUUCCCUGCUUCAACGGCCGUGUGGUGUCAUGGCUGGUGUCUGCAGAGGGUUCCCACUCAGAUGCUGGCUCGGUCUGUGCCGAUAACCAGACAGAGCUGCCACCUUCCAUGGAGCGCACAGGAGGAAUUGGAGACUCCAGGCCCCCCUCUUUCCACCCUAACACCGGGGGGAGUCGGGAAAACUUGGACAAUGAGACAGAAACAGACUCAGUGGUGUCCUCGCAAAGGGAACGACCUCGUCGGACAGAUGGGCCUGAGCAUGCACCCAGGGUGAAUGGGACCGUGAAGGGAGAGCGGCGCCGAGACCUGGGUGGGUACGAGAGCUCCUCCACACUCAUGAGCAGUGAGCUGGAGACCACCAGCUUCUUCGAUUCAGAUGAAGAUGACUCCACCAGCAGGUUUAGCAGUUCAACAGAGCAAAGCAGUGCUUCCCGUCUCAUGAGGAGGCACAAGCGGCGCCGGCGGAAACAGAAGGCUCCACGCAUCGAGCGGUCAUCGUCCUUCAGCAGCAUAACAGACUCCACCAUGUCCCUGAACAUCAUCACAGUCACGCUGAAUAUGGAGAAAUACAACUUUCUGGGCAUUUCUAUUGUGGGACAGAGCAAUGAGCGUGGCGAUGGAGGCAUUUACAUUGGCUCUAUCAUGAAGGGUGGCGCUGUGGCAGCUGAUGGCAGGAUUGAGCCGGGGGACAUGCUCUUGCAGGUAAAUGACAUCAACUUUGAGAACAUGAGCAACGACGAUGCUGUGCGGGUGCUGAGGGAGAUUGUGCACAAGCCAGGGCCCAUCACCCUGACGGUGGCUAAGUGCUGGGACCCCAGCCCGCGGGGCUGCUUCUCGUUACCCAGGAGUAAGUGGAUAGCUGACCCACCCUUAACGCUGGUGCCCAGCUCAUUUGCUCCCCAGCGGAUCUGGGCUGGGCCAGACUCUCCAUGCUCCGAUCCGGGUGAGCCCAUCCGGCCCAUCGACCCGGCAGCCUGGGUGUCUCACACGGCAGCGAUGACUGGCACCUACCCAGCGUACGGUAUGAGUCCAUCCAUGAGCACAAUCACUUCCACCAGCUCUUCCAUCACCAGCUCCAUCCCAGAGACCGAACGCCUCGAUGACUUUCACCUGUCCAUCCACAGUGACAUGGCCACCAUUGUCAAAGCCAUGGCCUCACCAGAGUCAGGCCUCGAGGUGCGUGACCGCAUGUGGCUGAAGAUCACCAUCCCCAACGCCUUCAUUGGUUCAGAUGUGGUGGAUUGGCUCUAUCACCAUGUGGAGGGCUUUACAGACCGCCGUGAAUCCCGCAAAUAUGCCAGCAAUCUGCUGAAGGCUGGCUACAUCCGACACACCGUGAACAAGAUCACCUUCUCAGAGCAGUGCUAUUACAUCUUCGGGGACCUCUGUGGAAACAUGGCUAAUCUAUCUCUUCACGAUCAUGAUGGCUCCAGUGGUGCCUCCGAUCAGGACACUUUGGCUCCACUCCCCCAUCCAGGAGCCGCACCCUGGCCUAUGGCUUUCCCAUAUCAGUAUCCACCGCCUCAUCCGUACAACCCCCAUCCCGGCUUCCCUGACCCAGGCUACAGCUACGGAGGGGGCAGUGCAGGCAGCCAGCACAGUGAAGGGAGCCGGAGCAGUGGUUCCAAUCGCAGUGGCAGCGAGAGGAGGAAGGAGAGAGAGAAGACCGGGGAGUCGAAGUCAGGUGGCAGCGGGAGCGAGUCAGACCACACCACGAGGAGCAGCAUGAGGCGUGAGCGCGCGGCCAGCGAGCGCUCGGUGCCGGCCAGCCAGCACAGCCAGCGCAGCCAGCACUCCCUGGCUCACAGCAUCCGCAGCCACCACAGCCAGCAGUCCUAUGGGCCGCCCGGCCUCCCCCCUCUCUUCAGCCCCCCCAUGUUGCUGAUGCCUCCACCGCCUUCAGCCAUGGGGCCCCCCGGGGCACCGCCGGGCCGUGACCUGGCCUCUGUGCCCCCCGAACUGACAGCCAGUAGACAGUCCUUCCGAAUGGCCAUGGGCAACCCCAGUGAGUUCUUUGUGGAUGUAAUGUGAAGCGCCCAUCCCCUGUCUGUCUGCUGCCCCUCCUUCCCCCCCUCUGUCCCUGUUGUUUGUUUCCUAGGACCAGCCCUGGCUUCGCCCCUUUUUUUUUUGAUUUUGUUUUGUUGGGUUUUUUUGUUUUGUUUUUCUUUUUUGUUUUGUUCUUUUUUUUUUUUGUCUUGAUAAUGAAAAGAAAAAAAAGGGAAAAAAAUAAUAAAUGGAACUAAACCUUGA